CGCGGACGUCUACACUCCAGAUUUAUUUUGAAAAACCUAAUGACAAGUCGCAGUGGGAGACUCGAACUUGACACUCACUUGACAGGUCUGAAUUAAUGAACAACAUUGUAGAUACAGGAAGAGCAAUUGUAGAAUUAUUGCUCCAAUAUAUGCCAUAAACCCGCAUGGACAAGAAGCCUUCGCCUCGCUCCAUGUCCUCCGGGCCGAGACCGAUGUCUUCGCCGCCGAGACGCAACCGUCGACACCGAGCGUCCGAUUGUCAACAUUACCGGGAAUGAAUGGCGGUGCGUCAGCGUUAACGCGUCAAAAUGAGGCUUUUAAUGUCUCUGUUGAAGAACUCCAACCCCAAAGUGGAGUAUUAUUCCAGGUUCUCGCCGUCUCCGCUCUCCAUUAAGCAGUUUUUGGAUUUCGGUAGGGAGAAUGCAUGUGAGAAAACAUCGUACAUGUUCCUACGUAAGGAGCUGCCGGUGCGUCUGGCCAACACCAUGCGAGAGGUCAACCUGCUGCCCGAUAAGCUACUCAGCCAGCCGUCCAUCCGUCUUGUUCAAAAAUGGUACAUGCAGAGCUUCGUGGAGCUGCUGGAUUAUGAGAACCGAAAGCCAGAGGAUCCUCAUGCUCUGAACGACUUCCUGGAGCUGUUGAUCGAGAUCCGAAACCGUCACAACGAUGUGGUUCCGACCAUGGCACAGGGCGUCAUCGAGUACAAGGAGAAGUUUGGUUUCAACCCCUCCGUCAGCAGCAACGUCCAGUAUUUUCUCGACCGCUUUUACACCAACCGCAUCUCCUUCCGCAUGCUCAUCAAUCAGCAUAGUCUCCUGUUCGGUAACGACACCAACCCGGCUCUUCCCAAGCACAUCGGCAGCAUUGAUCCGACCUGCUGUGUGGCUGAAGUUGUCAGUGAUGCAUAUGACACGGCCAAAAUGCUGUGUGAAAAGUACUACUUGGCUGCUCCUGGGCUCCACAUUGAAGAGUUUAACAUGAAGACCCCCAAAAAGUCCAUCCAGGCCGUGUACGUGCCAUCUCAUCUAUUUCACAUGCUGUUUGAGCUCUUUAAGAACUCAAUGAGAGCCACAGUGGAGCUUCAUGAGAACAGCACAGAAGGAUUACCACCUGUUAAAGCAAAAGUCACUCUCGGUAAAGAGGAUCUGUCCAUAAAGAUCAGUGACAGAGGAGGAGGAGUUCCUCUGAGGAAGAUCGACCGCCUUUUCAACUACAUGUACUCCACUGCCCCGACGCCCAGCCUGGAGCCAGGCGCAGUCCCGCUGGCCGGUUUUGGCUACGGUUUACCCAUUUCCAGGCUCUAUGCCCGAUACUUCCAGGGGGAUCUGAAGCUCUACUCUAUGGAGGGUGUGGGCACUGAUGCUGUUAUCUAUCUGAAGGCCCUGUCAAGUGAGUCCUUUGAGAGGCUUCCCGUCUUCAACAAGUCAGCGUGGCGACACUACACCACCAGCCCCGAAGCGGACGACUGGAGCAACCCCAGCAAGGAGCCGCGUGAUGCCAGCAAGUCCAAAUACAAGACCGGCAGAUAACUCGGCACACUCCUUCAAAAAUUACCAGUUUAGCAUCACACUGUCUUUAUAUCGUACUGGCAAAUAUAGAGGACAUCCAGCAAAGUCUCUCUUCUGUAACUCCAUUUAUUAAUAACCGGUGACGCCUGGUCAAAUGUUCUUGUGUUUCGUGUGCUGCUUAGCCUACCUCAGCUUUGCACAUAGCUCCCUGUGCCUCAGUGAGUCAUCAGUAUCUCUUCAUCGUUCAAAGGGCGUUUUCGCUUCUUCUCGCACACCCUGGCUUCGAGUUUCAGUGGCGUCAUCCUUUCUUUGAGAGCUACGUUUGACUGGACACACAAGAAGGUCAGUGGGGUGGUAGUAGUAGAGUCUUGUUUCAGCCCGUGAGCAAAGUCAUAAAUCAGCAAAUACAGGAUUCUGCUUCACCAAUACACAACGGUAAAGCCUUACUACUGAAUUUUAUGGUGGAUGUUUUAGGUCUAGAGUCCCUCAUCGUCCUUUUGCAAUUUUGGUAGAUUAGUCAUGUGCCAAUCUUGCUCUGUAUGGCCAUUUCCAUCCAUCCAUUUUCUACCGCUUAUCUGAUGUCGGGUCGCGGGGGCAGUAGCUUUAGCAGGGACGCCCAGACUUCCCUCGAGGUCAGCAGUGCACCAUCCCCAAUAUACACAGUGUUGAUGGUGCACUGCUUCCCCCACCUGAGACGCUGGAUAGUGGACCAGAAUUUCCUCGAAGACGUCCGGAAGUCUUUCUCCAUGGCCUCACCGAACUCCUCCCAUGCCCGAGUUUUUGCUUCAGCGACCACCAAAGCUGCAUUCCGCUUGACCAGCCGGUACCCGUCAGCUGCCUCAGGAGUCCCACAGGCCAAAAAGGCCCGAUAGGACUCCUUCUUCAGCUUGAAGGCACAACGGGUCGGGGAUUGCCGCCACGACAGGCACCGACCACCUUACGGCCACAGCUCUGGUCGGCCGCCUCGGCAAUGGAGGCGCGGAACAUGGUCCAUGGUCGGACUCGAUGUCCCCAGCCUCCCCCGGAACAUGAGCAAAGUUCUGUACUGAAACUCCUUCUGACAGGGGAUUCCACCAUACGUUCCCAGCAGACCCUCACAAUACAUUUGUGCCUGCCACGUCGGACCGGCAUCUUCCCCCACCAUCGGAGGGGGAAGAUGCCGGUGGUGGUCCGUUGACAGCUCCGCCCCUCUCUUCACGUGAGUGUCCAGGACAUGCCGCAAAUCCGAUGACACGACCACAAAGUCGAUCAUCGAACUGCGAUCUAGGGUGUCCUGGUGCCAAGUGCACGUAUGGACACCCUUAUGCUUGAACAUGGUGUUCGUUCUGGACAAUCCGUGAUGAGCACAGAAGUCCAAUAACAGAACACCGCUCGUGUUCUGAUCGUGGGGGCCGUUCCUCCCAAUCACGCCCUUCCAGGUCUCACUGUCGUUGCCCACGUGCGCAUUGAAGUCCCCCAGCAGAACGAUGGAGUCCCCAGCGGGAGCGCUCUCCAGCACCCCCUCCAAAGACUCUGAACUGCUGUUUGGUGCAUAGGCACAAACAACAGUCAGGACCCGUCCCCCCACCCGAAGGCAGAGGUAGGCUACCCUCUCGUCCACCGGGGUGAUCCCCAACGUACAGGCGCCGAGCCGGGGAGCAAUAAGUAUACCCACACCUGCUCGGCGCCUCUCACCGUGGGCAACUCCAGAGUGGAAGAGAGUCCAACCCCUCUUGUACUCCAGAGCCAGCUUCUCUAGUCGGGGAUCGGAUCACCAAGGUCUCCGCCUUGGGCCGCUGCCCAGCUCGCACUGCACCCGCCCCCUAUAGCCCCUCCCACAGGUGGUGAGCCCAAGGGAAGGGGGACCCACGUUACCCUUUCGGGCUAUGCCCGGCCGGGCCCCAUGGGUGUAGGCCCCACCUCCAGGUCUGGCUCCAGAAGGGGGCCCCGGUGACCCCCGUCCGGGAAAAGGAAACCUGAGUCAAUUUUUUGUCGUCAUCAUAAGGAGUCUUUGAACCGUGCUUCGUCUGGUCCCUCACCUAAGACCUGUUUGCCAUGGGUGACCCUGCCAGGGGCAUGAAGCCCCAGACAACUUAGCUCCUAGGAUCAUUGGGACACACAAACCCCUCCACCACGAUAAGGUGACGGCUCAAGUAGGGGCAAAUCUAAAAGACCAAAAGGUGGAAUAACAAAACAAGGAAAUUGAAAUGUGCAGGUGGAUACAGAGUAGCCAGCAUCCUAACAGUGGAUCUGGUCAGGAAUCUAAGUUGAACAUAAUGUGCUUUUUCUUUUAUUAGUGGGAGUGAAAAUGAGAAGGUGGAGAAAAAGCACCAGCAAAUUGGUUUUAUGUUGUAUGUAGGAGCAAACACACCACCAGUAAACAUUUGUUUUCAGCUUUGGACUGCUGUAUUGUUUUUCCUUUAACUAUUUUUAUUCAGAAGAAACUCAAUUGUCUUAAUCAGGCAGCACGCCAGGGCUGAAGGCUUUGAAGGCAGCAGAUGCAAAUACAGCAUCUACUCAAAUCAAACACAGUACAAAAGAGUGCAUUUUACUAACCUUACACUUAAUUCUACUUGAAUAAGAGUAUAAUCAACUAUGAAGAUUUCUAAUGCAAAGUUUUAUUAUAAUGGAAGAUUGAAAGUGGUUAAAAGAACAAAUGUAGAGUUUGUGAUAUGAAGGCCAGUUUAAGCCUUACUUCCAAUUGUUAUUUCAUCUGAUCCUUGGAUGUUUAACAUGAAAUCCAGUGUGUAUAAAUAUGAAUAAUGUAUUUGUUGCUUAUGUAUGCAGCCAGUGUGGGAGUGAUGGUUCAUCUCACAGCUUCAAAUUAUGUAUUUAUAUGCAUGAAAUGUGAUUGUGGCCCCAUGCAGACAUGCAAUCACAAACCAAAAAGCCAGUGAUUGAGCAAAGAUGUGAUUCAGCAUAAGAUUAAUUCACUUUUUGUCAAACAUGACAAUAAAAAAAACAGAUGUUG